AUGAGCAAACCUUUUCAAGCAUUUUCCUUUAAGCCUAAUAACUUAUAUCAACAAAACAGGCUAUUACCCCCAACCUCAUGCAGAACCCCAAGCACAUGCUCACGAUCUGAAAAGAAUAGCAGCAAAGACAAGGGUUUAAAAGACUAUGGUGAAGUAAUUUUGCAAGCAAAAUCAUUUAUAAACUUGGUAUCUCAUAGGCAAAAACUUCGAGAUUUGCUUAAGAAAACUAAGAGAGACUCGAAAUCUCCAAGUUUAUUUUUAUUAAAGCCAAGUUCAGAUAUGAACGAAUUCCCAGAAAUUAAGAAGAGCAAAAGGAGCACAAAAUCAAUAAGUGUUUUAGCAAAAAAUAAAUGUAAAUUGGUAUAUGAAAAUAAAAGGAGCUCAGAAGAAUACCAGAAAGGCGGGAUUUCGUGAAUUCACUAUAAGCCAAUUGUUAUAAAUGAAAGCCCAGCAUUUAGAGCAAAAAGUUGCAAUAAUGAAUCCCCAAAGAAAGAGGAAAAAAUAAGAAACCUGAUUUUAUCUGAAGAAAAUUCUACAAAAAAUUCCUAUAUAUUAUCUAAAGUAAAAGCAAUAUCAGGAAAUGAAAAUAAAAAGCUAAUCUCAAAAAAUAAACGGCACAGAGAAAGAGUAAAAACAGAAGUUUCAGAGAAUAAUGAUGCAGAAGAAAAUGAAUAUAUAAAAUCUUUGCUGAUUCCCACUUAUUCCAAAUAUGAAUGUGAGCCCGCUGAAGAUGACAGCCCUACCUUGGAAUUUCAGCCCAGGUAUUAA